GACAAACACAAUUUUGUAAAGCAUCUUAUAAGCAUUUUUAAUAAUCAUUAUCAAAUAAUGAUUUGCUUAUAGAAGUUUACUGCUUAGCUAAUGGAUAUUUUCUAUUGAGUAUCGAGCUGUUACUUCAACCAUAGACAGUAAAAUGGAUACUUCAAUCAACUCAAGACCUCUUCUUCAGUCAAGUGAAACUGAUAGUGAUUUUGAAGUAGAGUCACAAAAAGAUUUGGCGGUUGACGGUGGGAAUGAUGUGCUGGUAGUGCCGAAGGACUCCAGAACUUUGAAGCAUAGAGAGCCGAUUGACAGGUUCAAUGCAUCUUAUUUUGUGUUUUAUCUAUUAGGGACGACAGCUCUCCUACCAUGGUUCUUCUUUAUCACUGCAGAAGAGUACUGGAUGUUCAAGUUUCGUGAUCUAUCUAAUAACUCAACAAGCGCUUCGAAUAGAUCUGAAUUGCAGGCAUGCUUUACUUCUUACAUAAGCAUUGCUUCAACAGUGCCAAGCACUAUAGCAUUACUCAUAAUACCAUUUGUAGGGCACAAGAUACCAUUAAAAAUUCGCAUGGUUGUCACAUUGAGUUUCAUGCUGGUAUUUUUUAUUUUGACAACUGUUCUAGUGAAUAUAGACACUGAUCAUUGGCAAAACGAGUUUUUUACAUUCACAUUGGUAUCAGUAGUUCUUCUAAAUAUCGCCAGCUCAAUAUUCCAGUGCGGUCUGUUUGGCGUUGUUGGCAAGUUCCCGCCGCAAUACAUCACGGCAACAGUGAGCGGCCAGGCGUUGGGCGGAAUGUUGGCAGCACUGGCUGAGAUUGGCUCCCUGUGGCUGGGUGCUUCCCCCACCUCCAGUGCAUUUGUCUACUUCCUCACCGCCGACGUUUUCAUUCUGAUCUCAUUAGUCUCCUUCCUCUUCCUUUCUAACUCGAAAUUCUACAAUUACUAUGUGAAUAAUACUCCCAGAUCAUCUGAAGAUUAUCAGUAUGAACAAUUGCCGAGAUCAAUAGAAGAUAGUCCUAUUGUGCGACAUAUAUCCUAUCUAGAUAUAUUGAAAAAGAUAUGGAUUUAUGGUUUAUCGGUAUGGCUUUGUUACACAAUCACUUUGAGCAUAUAUCCGUCAGUGACUGGACUUGUUAGCUCCACAAGAGGUCAUUCAACAUGGAGUGACAUCUAUUUUGUUCCUGUGAUCUGCUAUCUACUAUUUAGUGUGAACGAUUAUAUGGGGAGGUUGCUGGCUGGCUAUUUACGUUGGCCCAACAACAAACCGUGGCUGGUAUUUUUCUUGAGCACACUGCGUUUUGUGUUCAUACCUUUCUUCAUGCUGUGCAAUGCUCAACCGAGACACCAUCUAAGAGUCAUGGUUCACAGUGACUACAUUUUCAUCGCCAUGACUGUUAUCUUUGGACUCACCAAUGGUUAUUUCACAAAUAUCACCAUGCUCUCAGUGCCCAAGAUUGUCCAUGUUCAUGAAAUAGAAGUUGCAUCGUCAAUGAUGGCUACCUUCCUUGGAGUGGGCUUGGCAUUUGGAUCCACCCUGGGGUUGAUUUUCAUCGAACUUCUCUGAAUAACACUUUCCUGAAUAAGAAAACCAUCGUUUCAACAGCUAUAUUGCCAUGACUAAGUACCGUUCAAAGUAUCAUUCUAUCUUAGCUAUCAAUAUUAGAAAACAAAAGUUGCAGUUAUAUUUUAUUUUGGUAUUUAAAUUGUGAUAUUUUAUGUACUGUUUAACUAGGAUAUAGUUUUGUUUGACUAGACUUGAGAAGAUGAAAAUUAUAUUUGUAGACUCUCUGUGAUUUAGAGUGAUAAUCUUAACAAAGAAAGAUAUGUUUGCCAUAAACUUCAAUCUAAAAGUUUUCAUGUUUAAUAUACUUUUAAAAAUUUAAAUCCUAACAUAAGUUAUAAGAGAAAUAAUUUCUUCAAUAAAAAUAUAGUUUCUAAAAUAUAGAACCGCCAAAUCAUUUGCUUUAAUCUUUCCUUUAAUAUGAUCUAACAAACUUUUUCUUUAAAUUAUUUCAUUUCUCCCCUAAAAUAAGUUUUCCUUUAAAAAAAAAUAAUUCAAUACGAUAAAGAAUACGCAUCCGAAAGGUUUGCCAUUUUCAUCUUCUGAAAUUUUUAGAAGUUAUGAACAAGGAAUUAUUUGCAUUUUAUUUUACCUAGACUUCAUCAAAUUAUUGAUCAGAAUAAUAUUUUUCAUCUCCUUACUUACAAUCUUAAUCUAUUAAACUAAUAAUUAAUACUUAUUUAAUCUAAACUAUUAUUUAAACUAAUUUUGUACAUUUUUCACAUUCCAUCUUAUUGCGCUCAACAUAAAUAUUUUGUAAUGUUAAUUAUUUGUCUAUCACAUCUACCUUGUAUCUUCAUAUUUUCCUCUUGUGAUUACAAUAAUUUAGGUAGCAUUUUCUCAUAUGUUUGAAAAGAGAUUUUUUCUCGAUUAAGCAUUUUGCUAAUCCUUUAUUUCUGGGGAUAAUUAAUUUAAAUUGAAAAAAAUGUCAGCCAAUAACAACAGUAUUAUUGUAAGAGUCGUUUGCUCAAAACUUGAAGGAAAAUGCUUGUAACUCAAUUUUUGACUCUCCAUUCUCUUACUAUUAUACUCUUUCAUUCAGUUUCUGGAUUAUUUGUAUAGUUUUCAGUGAAGAUUCUAGAUUAUUUGUAUAGCUUUCGAGAUAUUAACUCUUGAAAGGCUGUAAUAUAUGUUUUGUUUUUUGAACCGCUUAACUCUCCAACAAUUCAUCGAUAAAAUAGAAGCUGACCAUGGGAUUGUAUAAUUAUUGGAUAAUUUGAACACUUUUGAUAUGUCCAUCUGCUAACUAGACCAAACAGAUUAAAAAUUGUUUAUCAAAAAUGUAUUUUAAAUACGCGUGUAAUGGACUACCUAUAUGUUUGUUGAAAUAUUGAUAUUUUACGUGAGUCAAAUAUUGUGAUAUUAUUUUUGUGUGUAAUAUUAUAUCAUAUUUUACGUUUUUCUCUUUGUUAUAGACUCAGUAUGCUUUAAUGUUUAUCAGUUUGUAAUAAGUUAGAUUUUAUAUUUGUUCUAAAAUAUGUUAUUCAUUUAUCAAUUCAUCUUCAUUAAUCAGUUAUUCAACUGAGUGAUCCGUAGUCUAGUGGAUAGAGUGCCUGCGUAGCAGCAUAGAGAUCCCGGGUUCGAACCCUCUCAAUACCAAAAGUUU